AUGCUCAGGAACCGGUGGGGCACGCGCGAGCUGGACAGUGCUUACCGUGAGUUUGAGAAGCGGCGCCGGGAUGAGAACGCUGAGUACAAGCCGCCGACGGCGAUGCUAACCAGUGAUGAGUAUGGCGCGCUGUGGAACGGCUUGCGUGUGCGGAUCGGGAUCCACACUGGGCUGUGUGACAUCCGCCACGAUAGGGUGACGGGGGGCAUUGACUACUACGGCGAGGUGUCGAACAUGGCGGCGCGUACGGAGGCGAUCGGCAACGGUGGGCAGGUACUGCUGACGGAGUGGGCGUGGUGGUCGCUGUCGCAGCGCGAGCGCGCGUCCUUGCAGUGUGUGAGCCUGGGUCCACAGCGGCUGCGCGGGGUGCCGUACUCGGUUGAGAUAUAUCAGCUGAACAGCGUCCCCGGCCGUCAGUACGCGGGGCUGCGGACAGAACUGGAUGUACUGUUGCCUGACGACGAUAAGGGUGACACGACGUCGAACGACGCAAGCGCGUUGCUGUCAUCCGCGGGCACAGUUGCAGGCCCCGCUGCCGCUAUGGCCGCUGUCCUCACGAACUGCUUCAGCCCAUUUUCAGUCGUCCAGCGCGUGAAGGGGCUGCAGCCGCUACUGCAAAAGUGGAACAUUGCCAUCCCACAGCGCAGCUCCCGCAUAACUGAUGAGGACUACUGCCAAGGCAUGAUCAAUCGCCUAGCCAUCAAGAUGUCGUCUGUGGCGCAGAUGCGGCAGCGCCUGGCGAACGCCAAUGCCGACGUCGACGUCAGCGCACAGCCGCGCACCUCUGGACGUUUCGCCUCGGACGCGUCGAGCAGUGGCAUGGUCGCUUCCACAGUGGUGCCGAAGCGCGUUUCCGCCUUGACCGCUGAUGGCACCAAGUUGAACCCGCUGAACCCGCACAGCCACCCUCGGUCGCAGCAGCAGCUCCAGCACGUGCGGUGGAUGCACAAUGAUGGUGAUGGUGAUAGUGCGGCAUUUGAGGCGGAUGACAUUGCUGACAGGCCCUCUCGAUGUGGCUCUGGCAAUUCCCAAGGAGGUGCCUUGAGGACUCGCAGCAUAGCCAGCGACAGUGUCGUCAGCAUUCACAUCCAGAUGCCCUUGACCCUUCUAGAGAAGACCGGAGGGUAG